UCCUCUUGGAUUGAAGGAUUCUCAUACAGACAGCAAAGAAGCUUUUUCAAUCGAGUGAACCAGUUAUCUGGGAGAGUCUUUUUCCAAACUUCCAAAACAAGUUGAACCACAAUGAAGGCUGUAGUUAUCCUAAUGUGCCUUUUAGGUACAACAUGCAGUGUACCACUUCAGGUAUACCACCAGUGGCAUCAACAGAUGCAGCAACAGAUACAAGCACAGGAGCAAGCACAGCAGCCACAGCCUGGCAUGCUGAGAUAUCCCAGUAUCAGCCUUGAGAUGAUGCAAGAUAUUGCUCGUUAUAAAAGGUUUAAGCAACAGCACCCUCAGAUGUUCCCCUCAUUGAACCUCCCCUCAGCACAGCCCUUACCCCCAAAGAUAACAGGGCAGCAGCCACCAUGGCAGCCCCAGGGUCAAAGCCCAUCUCUGAGGCCUCCACAGCAACCCCCACAAUUUCCUCCUCAGUUUCCCCCACAGCAGUACCCUCAACAACCCCCACAGUUCCCUCAAUCGUCCCCUCAACUACCUCCUAAUUUUCAACUAGUAGAGUACCUGCCUGGACUGCAACAGGAGAGGCUGAUAAACAGGAAUCAACAGUAUGAAUAUGAAUCACCAGUCUUGUUCCAUCAGGUUCCACCACAGCAGUCAACAGCUGUUCCUGCUAUACCUCAGGCAUCAGUGCAGCCUGCACAACAGGACCAACAGCCAGGACAACGUGGAGAUCAACCAGAGCACCAGAUCCAGAUCCCAAAUGCCCCAGGGCAGCAACCAAGACAUCAGGGCCAGCAACCCCAGAUAUUUCCUACUUUUGGAUUUUUACCAAUGAUGCACUACCAGCCUGUUCAACAGGGCCAGACACCACAGUUCCCUGGUUACAAUUUUCUAAUACCUGCUGCAUUCCCACAACAACAGGCACAGCCAGGGCAGGAACAGCAACAGCAGAUGUACCCACAACUUGUUUACAUACAGCUUCAGCCAGGAAUGGCGGGUGAUGCUUCUGGAAGUGUAAGCUCUGAAGAGUUACAGGCUGCUGGUGGCAUCUCACCUGGUUUUGCGGGAUUCAUCCCUGGCUUUGCUGGACAAGCUUUUGGAGGCGGCAUUCCAAGCUUUGGCGGAAGUGUACCAGGAGCAGAGGGCAGCGUACCAUUUGCUGGAGGUGUCCCAACAGGUCAGGGAACCAACCCAGUCGCACCUGAAGCUGGGCUGCCAACUGUUGAAAUUCGCCCAGCAGGCCAGGGAGGAGGCCCCACUAUCCCUGAAGUUAUUCCUACAGGUCAAGGAAGCCUGUCAGUCAUGUCAGAGACAGGCAACCAGCCAGCCCCUCAAUCCAAACUGCCUACUGCAGGAUUGACCACACCAGCUUGGGUUAGGAUGCUAACACCAGGCAACUCACCAGCUGCAGCAUAGGACACAGUGCAAUCCAUUGCCCCAAGAGCCAACCAUAGCAGCUGCAGAGCCAUCAGAAAACAAAAUGCCAGAUGUCAACUACUAUACUACCAACAGCAUGCACCCCUACGAAAGAAACUCUUUUAAUCUGCACACUAACACAGCUGCAGUCUUCAAAGUGUAGGGCUUUAAACAGGUCGUGUAACUCAUUGUAAGUAUUCAGAUAUUAAAUUACUAGACAUCUCAUCCCUUUGCAUUAUUUUCAUAUUUUUUGUAACAUGGUGAAGCUGAUGUUUUUAAAUGUUAACCUUUACAGCAUGUGUAAUGAAAGCUGUUUGAAUAUCAAGGUUAUUCUCUUUUUGUAUGCAUGUAACACAAUUUACCUUAUGCUAUUUAAAAUGUAUUUAAAUAGAAUUUCCUGAAAGCACAACUUGUUUUGUUUUGUUUUUCUUCAAAUUUUCUUAAUCAAAAAAAAUGACAUUUCACUUUAUAAUAAACUUUAGAAAAUGGAAGAAUGCAUGGAAGCAUAAAACAUGGUUGUGUAAUGUCUUUGAAAUUCAGAGAUUACAUCAUUUUACACUAGGCCAGAUAAUGUCAUCAAUGUAAUAGCAUCAAUUGAUAUUCAAUCAGUAAGUAUGUAAUUGAUAUUCCAUUAGUCAUGAACUGAAUCCACUUUAUGCGUUAAUAAACCACAGUAUGCACAAACCACCAUACUGGUACUGGGAUUUACAUAUUCAGUGGGUUUAAGCUAUGGUCAUUAAAAUAUUUAUUUAGUUGACCAAUAUUUUAGUAAAUGUAAUUUAAUAAUAAUUAAAAAAAAAAAAACUAGGUGAACUUUCUUUUCUACAUUUUGUACUGCAAGGAGAGGAUCAAAAUAACAUGAUCAUGUUUUCUCUGUUCUACUUUAUACUCAUGAAUACAACGCUGCUGUUAGUUACAAAUAUUGUGUUAAAAGCUGUAACAUUGUAUGUUCUAUUGCAAAAUGCAUUUUAGUCCUACUUAAAAAAAUAUGCAUACAACUUCAUAAGAAAUGGACAGGUUGUGUUCCAUACAGUAAUUUGUUCAUUGAUGUAGUGAAACCUGAAUGAAUACAAUGUAUUUGUACUAUAUUUCUAAAAACAGCUUGAAAGACCAAGUAACUGCCAUUAAAGCUGUUGUAGCUAACAAAACGAUUUCAUAAAUCAUACCAGUUGCAGUUCCAUUCACUAUAUUGGUUUCACAUGUGCAG